CUCUAGGCUGAACUUGCAGAAGAUUAUGAAUUGCAAAUGGAUAAGCUUGUCUCUGAACACACAGAGGCAAUAAGAAAUUUAGAGACCCAGUUGAAGGAAGCAAUGGAACAGGUGGAGACAGUCCAAAAGCAGGCUGAGGUUGACAGGGCAGCAUUAGAACUACAAUACCGUGAGAAAUUAGCCUCGUUGGAAGCAGAAUACCAGUUACAAACAGAAAAUCAUGUGAAGAGCAAUGAAGAUGUGGCCGAAAAGAUGCAAAAGGAAAUCGAAGACUUGCAAAUGCAAUGGAAAGAGGAAGAGACCAAAAAGAUGAGUGAACUUGAACAAGAAUACCAAGAGCGGCUAAACUCUAUUAAGGCUGAGCAUGAAAAAGCAAUGAGUACUGCGGUCAGUGAGCCACUUGCCUUAAAGGAAAAGGAACUGACGGGAAAAGAGCAAGAAAUUAAUGAAUUAAAAUCAAAAUUAAAUGAAAAGGAAAAAAUAGAAGAAGAGUUACGCACGUUAAAGAUUGCAUAUGAUAAAAUGAUCCAAGCCAAAGAUCAAGAAAUCAAAGAAGCAGAGGAACGAUUAGGGGAAACGAUGGUGACGAGCCAGGUAAGUAAUGGCUAUAUUAAAAUAGAAAUAGUGGAUUCAAAGUUAUGUAAUAGUCUGAUGACAGCAGUAAAAUACAGUCAAUUGUAUCUCAGCAUCAAAAAGAGAUCAAGGUGCUUCAAACUCAAUUCCAACAAUUACUUGACUUGAAAGAUAAAGAAAUUGAAGGAUUUGCUUAUCGUCUAAAGACGAUUACGGCUACACAACAAAAGGAUAUCGAAAAGUUAAAUGAAGAAUACAAGCAGAAGAUGAGUGCCCUUGAAUCGGAAUGCCAAAAGAAGGAUGAAUCCUUAAAAUCAAAGGCCCUUGAAAUGAGGUGGAUGGCUGCUGAAUUUGAAAGUUCAGAGGCCAAACUAAAGGACCAGAGUACAAAAUUACAGAAUUUGGAAAAUGACAACAAUCAACUCCGAAUAGCUCUUCAUCAACAGCAGGAAGAGAAUAAACAGAUGUUAAGGUAAAUAAGGUGUUUCCAUAGUGAC